AUGGGUACAUCAGAUAUCUUCAAAUAUUUCUUGAUCUCACUACUCAUCCUCUACAUCCUCUUCAUUUCCUUCCCCACUCACCUCUCCACUUUCGACCUAAUGUCAUCCUUCAAAUCCAUUAAUAACAAACCUCCAAAUUCCAACUCUUCUGCAUCUUCAUCUUCUCCGACCACUCUGCGCCACGUCGUCUUCGGCCUCGUCGGCUCCGAGGGCUCCUGGCACCACCGGAGACGCUACAUCGAGUCCUGGUGGCGCCCAAACGCCACCCGCGGAUACAUAUUCCUCGACCGGCCCCCCACCGGGGACCUCCUCCCCUGGCCCGACGCCUCGCCGCCGUACCGGCUGUCGGAAAAUCUGACGGCGUUUCUGCAAGAGACAAAAGCUGCUGUCCCGUUCGCCGUCAGAAUCGUGCACGCGAUAAUGGAGGUGUUCAGAGAGGCCGACGACGGGAACCUCAGGUGGGUGGUGAUGGGGGACGACGAUUCGAUAUUCUUUGUGGAUAAUUUGGUGGAUAUGGUGGCGGGGUAUGAUCACCGGAAGUAUUACUAUUUCGGGGCGCCGUCGGAGUUUAUAAUGUCCAAUUUCUGGUUCUCCUUCGCCCAGGGAUUCGGCGGCGCCGGCGUCAUUCUGAGCUACCCUCUCGCCAAAGCCCUCGCCGCCGACAUGGAUAACUGUCUCCGGCGAGGGGCGCAGAUCAUUUCCGCCGACCACAUCACCAUGGUCUGUGUCGCUGAUCUCGGCGUCAGUUUGUCCCCCCACAGAGGCCUCCAUCAGGUAGAUAUGCACGGCGACAUCUCAGGAUUCUUGUCAGCCCAUCCGGCAGUCCCAAUUCUGUCCCUCCACCACUUCGACCACGUUGACCCGAUUUUUCCGGCCACGGACCGGGCGGAGGCGGCGCGGCGGCUAAUGAAGGCGGCGGCGGCGGACGAGUCGCGGAUGAUGCAGCAAACGAUCUGCCACCACAAGCAGAACCACUGGUCGUUGUCGAUCGCGUGGGGAUACUCUGCCCACAUCUACGAGAGGAUGAUGCCUCGAUGGAUUCUGCAGAAGCCCAUCGAGACUUUCCAGGCCUGGGCCGGGCUGCCCCGCCCGCCGCCGCAGUUCUUGUUCAACACUAGGGAGCCCUCCAGAGACGCCUGCGAAGCUCCCCACCUCUUCUUUUUCCGGGAGGUCGAGAAGACGCCCAAUCGAACUCUCACUAUCUACUCUCGGGCAGCGCCACGCGGCCUGCCCGUGUGCUGGUGGGCGAAUAGCGUCUCCGCCGAUAAUAUCUCGGAGAUCCGUGUCUUGUCGCCGCCGACGAAGCGGACGGAGAUGGAUAGAGCGGAAUGCUGCGACGUCGUUUUGGAGGGCGAGAAGGCAGAGGUGACGUUUAGGGAGUGUUUCAGCAAUGACACCCUUGCAGUAUAA